GAAUAAUAUGAUCUGUUCAUAUAUUCAGAUUAGAGGUUCCAUACCCUUGUUUUGGGAACAGCCAGGUUUACAGGUUGGAUCACAUAAAGUAAAACUGUCACGAGGUAGUGAAGCUUCUGCUCCAUCAUUUGACAGGCAUUUGACACAAAUUGUAAAGCGUUAUGGUGAUCAAGUACUAAUAAACUUACUUGGUUCUAAGGAAGGAGAAGCAAUGCUGAGUCAAAUGUUUUAUAGCCAUCAUAAAGUUUCAAGGUAUUGCAAAAGCAUUCCAUAUAUUGCCUUUGACUAUCACUCAGAGUGUCGAGGUGGCAAAGUAGAGAAUUUGAGCAAUUUGCAAAGAAAAAUUGCACCACAGUUGAAAAGUUUUGGAUUUUACCUUAAAGAUGUCAAUGGAAUACAAAAGUGUCAAAUAGGAACUUUUCGUACCAAUUGCUUAGACUGUUUGGACCGGACAAACAGUGUACAGACGUUUAUUGGACUGGAGGUUUUAAAGCAGCAGAUAUCUGCAUUAGAAAUAACUGAUCAACCACAGAUUAUUUCAAGGUUUAAUGAAGUCUUUAAACAAAUGUGGAUCCAAAAUGGAGAUCAGGUUAGCAAAAUGUAUGCUGGCACUGGUGCUUUGGAAGGAAAAUCAAAGCUAAGAGAUGGAUCUCGAUCGGUUGUACGUACUAUACAGAACAAUCUUCUGGAUAGCAGUAAGCAAGAGGCAAUUGACAUUUUAUUACUUGGAGGUGCUUUGUACAAUGAAGUAGCAGAGAAAGCUAGAAGUAUACUUCCAUGCAGCAUGCUUAACUUGCCAUCUAGUUUCUUAGAAGCAUUAUACAUGAGAAGAAAAGAAUUCACGCUUACUUCUAAAGUAAGAGUAGGAAUUGCUACAUGGAAUGUUAAUGGUGGCAAGCAUUUCAAUAGCAUUGUUUUCAAGCAUCAAUCUAUGACAGAAUGGCUUUUAGAUUGCCCAAAAUUAUAUAAAAAUAAUGGUAUUGUUUCACAUUUAAUAUUUAGUAUUUUAUACUGUACCUUUUUAAACUUUUUGAAUGGUUUUAAGGCCAGUUAUUCCUUAGCAGAUCCUUGAUACUGUAAUGCUUUUCUGCAUUUCUGUGCAUUGAUGAGAAACUAAUUGAUAAUUUGAUUACUUAAAUGGACUGAUUUGCAUAGUGUCUUGAAAUAAAUAAUACAUAAUUUAUAAGGAAAUCAUUUUUGAAAAUGUUGGAAGAGAAAUUUUCAGAAUUCCUCUCCUAUUCCUCUGAAAUUCUGGUGUUAGAACCCUCAGUAAAAUUGAAAUUAGAUUCUGGUAGAAAUUAGUGCUCAUGUAAAAAAGGACUCAAACCAUAAAUAUGUUUCAAAUAUACAGUAGUGAAAGUGUGUAAAUGCAAUUAAUCAAAGGUGUUAGAUUCUUAAAAGCAAUUGUGGA